CUCCGAAGCCCAACUCACAACCUAGAGUCAUCUAUUAUCAUUAGAAAGCAUGACACAGCAACGGCGACCUAGUUCCUUGUCGCUGUCCAUUGGACUUUGCCUGGCAUUAUUGGCUUCAUUGCUUCAAGGCGCAACAUCCCAAAUUUCAGAUGUCGAGCUAUGUGCAUGUUCCCCCCGAGUGUACGAGUUGACAUUCGACUUUGAUUUGGAGUGCGAGCCAAUCAAUGUUGAUUUUGAUAGUGGUGGUAUUGCCGACGCGACUUGUCAUGUCAAUGGAUUCGACAACAUCAAUGUAACUGAUCUUGUUCCGGUAGCAGUUUCCAGUGUUCAGCUGAUCGAGAUUGGACAAGGCGGAGCUCCCAUUGCAGUUGAGCAAUACACAGGAGACUACCGUGAUGGUGAUUCCAUUGAAUAUGAAUCCAUUUCAUUCGAAGGAGUUGUAGCACCUCGUGCGUUCCAAGUACGAGCUCUCGGGAGGAACGAAGGAGGAGACCCAUUGGUUCUUCAGUGGGCUGUUACCUAUAGCAACAACUGUGGUGUCUGGCCUGUCCUCGAAGUCAAUGACAGUGUUGGGUGGACUAUCUUUACCGGUUUGGCCCGACCUCUGGCAAUCGCUUGUCCUGCUGUAAUCAUUCCCGAAACUGACGAACCCACUGCUAGCCCAACCGUGACCCCCACGCUGCCUCCUACUGAUCCACCAACUGUACCCCCCACAUUAUCACCAACUGAGACGCCAACAGUGCCACCCACACAAUCCCCAACUGUACCGCCCACUAUUGCACCGACUGGUUCUACUCCUUCACCAACUUUCUCUCCCUCAGAAUCUCCAACUGGGCCACCAACAAUUUCCCCAACUGGAUCACCAACUGUUUCCCCAACCAAAGAACCAACCGUGACUCCUGGAGUUCCUUCUAUGGCGCCAACCACCUCUCCACCCACUACUGAGGCUCCUUCCGAUCCACCCACAACAGAGGCUCCUACCGUUCCUCCAGAAAUGUCAUUCUCUUACUCAUUUUCCUACGACUUCAGCUUGGAUGAAUUGGAGGUGGAACUAUCUUCGGAGGAGGAAGAGUUUGGAAGAGACGACGCCAGCGAAGAAGAUCACGUCGAGCCUCCCUGCAGAAAAAGGAAGAUCAGAAAGGUCAGGAGAGUCAGAAAGAGCCGUGCUCUCUUGGAUAAACCCCCCGCAAAAAAGACCGCAGCCAAGAGGAAGACAAAGAAUGCCUCCGAGUUUGACGCUCACGGUGAAAAUGCCACCAUGCCAACUUUCGAAUCCGUUGAUGAACCUGAUGUAAUCGAGUCUUUUGAUGACCUUCAAGUGUAUGAGAGUGGUGACGAGAUGAUUAUGGAGUCGAUUUCUGGCUCGGAGUCAGAAGAAGAAGAGGACGAAUACGAAGAGUACGAAGAGAUCGAAGAGAUUGUAGUCUGUCCAGGAGACGACUUGUACGAAGUUUCGAGUACCAGCAAGGGCAAGGGUGGCACCAGCACCGGCUACACCACCAGCAAGGGUUCCAGCUAUAGUACCAGCAAGGGCUCCAGCUAUAGUACCAGCAAGGGCUCAAGUGCUAGCAAUGGAUACAGCACCAGCAAGGGCUCAGGCACGAGCAUGAGUCUCAAGGACAAGAGCAAUGGAAGAUCUACCUACAGCUCCAAGGGAAAAUCCGAUUACAGUCUCAAGGACAAGAGUAAAGGAAAAUCCGAUUACAGCUCCAAAGGAAAAUCUGAUUACAGCUCCAAGGGAAAAUCUGACUACAGCAGCAGCAAAGGAACGAGUGCUGACAAGAAAUCGCGUCCUUCGGGCAAGGGCAUGAGCAUGACCAGCAAGGCCAGUGGCUACACGAUGAGCUAUGACGAUGAAAGUCAAGCAGAGGAUAACGCCUACAUAAGUGAUUCAGAAGAAGCCGAGGAAGAUGACACCUACUACACCAGCAGCAAAGGUUCAAAGGGAAGUUCAACCAUUGGCUCCAAGAGCACAAGCAGCAAAGGUUCGAAGGGCAGCUCCAGCAGUAGCUCCAAGGGCACCAGCAGCAAAGGAAAGACUGCCGAGAAGAAGAUGCGCCCUUCAGGCCAGGGCAUGAGUAUGACAAACAAGGCCAGUGGCUACUCAGAGGAUUUCAAUCCAGAAUACAUGGAGCAUGAUAGCUCUGAGGAUGAAGAAGACAGCUACUCCAGCAAAGGUUCGAAGGGCAGCUCAAGCAGCAGCUCCAAGGGCACCACCAGCAAAGGUUCUUCGAAGGGCAGCUCAAGCAGUAGCUCCAAGGGCACCACAAAGAGUGCCGAAAAGAAAAUGCGCCCUUCAGGCAAGGGCAUGAUCAUGUCAAGCAAGGCGAGUGGCUCCAUGAUGGACUCUGAUGAUGAAGACUACCCAGAAGAUAGUGAAGACGCUUACAUCAGCAAAGGUAACAAGAAGCUCGGAAAGAAGUCAGCAAGAAGGGACCAGACGUCAAAGCUUCGCAACACCAACAAGCUGAUCCACCGGUACUAAACACUACCGUACUACACACCAUGAGCCUUCAGAAGAUUGACUCAUUUGAUGGAGAAUCAUUCAUCGCCGCAUAAUUCAUAAUCCUUGUGAUCGCCAGAGAAGACACAUUCAGUAAGUUUAUAACAGAAAAAUACAUGCAUCCAGAGACAGUAGACUGUAACAGUAUAAGAGACGUCCAACC